AUGAAGAUUGCCAUCGUCUUACUUUUGGUCUCCCUUGUGGGACUAUCGCUGGGCGCAGCGCCGGCUCCGUCGGGCUGCAGCUGUAUCUCAGUCCAGAACGAUCAGACCGCCAAGACCUUCACCGUCUCCCUCAAGAAUUGCCCAUCGGGCCUCAGCCACGUCAACGUGCCCGCCAACAUCCCCACCCAGGGGUCCUGCCCUCCCUUGACCGUCACGCUCAAGAGCACCGACUGCCCUGGCGGGUCGAGGUUCUGCUCCAACUCGGACAUCACGGUCCCGCCGUCCUACUUCCAGAUCCAGGGCAUGGAGGGACACGACUGUCAGGCCGUCUUCCAGUGGUCUGGCCCCGCCACAGCCACGGUGAGCACGGCGCAGAUCUUCGUCAAGCAGAUGAACAACUGCGGCUUCUGCGGCGGCGCCGGGUCGGUGCCGCCCUGUCCGGCCACUUGCCCGCAGCCCUGCCAGUGCGGCAACGGCCAGGUCGAGACUGCGUGCAACGAGGACUGCGACUGCACCACCACCGGCGGCGUCACCAAGUGCUUGGACAAGAGCAGGAACGAGGUGGACGAGGGCUGCUGCGUCAACUGCCAGUUCGUGGUCAGCGGCCAGUCGUGCAAGAUCAACCCCACGACCAAGACCACGACCGUUUGCACGCUGUGCCCGAAGACUCCGCCGGGGGGCACGCUGGGCAACUGCUGCGCGACCUCGACAGUCCCGUGCUGCCUCCAGAAGGACCGCACCUGCAACGGCAUGGGCCACUGCCAGGACUCCAAGUGCACCGUCACUCCGGGGGCUUGCUGA